AUUGAAAUAUUGAAUGUGAUAGAAUGUGAAAAUAAUUAAAAAAAAAAAAAAGAUUAGUGUUUAUUCCUAUAAUAAAAGUCUUUAUAAUGACUUUAAAACUUGUGCUAAAUUCCCUCCCACUCAAUCCAUAUUCCACCCUGAAAAAGCAACACCAACAUCCCACCUUUCUUUCUUCUCAAAUCAUGGCAGCAGAAACCUCCAAUUCCACCAUUGGAGAACACCUUAAAUGGAGAAAACCACCCAGAAACCAUCAACAACCGCCAUUAACAACAGAUCUAAACUCACAAAUGCCUUUAAUUAUCCAAUCUACUCGCUGCAAAUCCACCAUUUCUUCUCUUCUUUUGUCUACUUUUAGUAACCGUGAAAAUACCCAGAACAGGAAUAACCCCAAGAAAACGUUUAAGAAUUCAGCGUUAAGAGGGUUUGGGUGUACUGCUCAACCUGAGGUUACUGUUCCUGCUGUUAUUAGGUCUUCUGCUGAUUGGGAUGACAGAGAGAAGAAGAAGAAAAAUGGGGUUUCUUCUAAGAAGAAAAAGAAGAAAAAUCAACAUUUACAAAGUGGAGGUGUGAUAAUGGAGGAUUCAAUUGGGUCUGUGGGUGUUCAAGAUUUAUGGUGUGGUGAUGCUUCUGCUGCUGCUUCUGUGGAUUGUGUUAGACCUCUUUCUUCUAGGGGCAAAAUUGAUCUUGACAAAAUUCAUCACAGAGAGUUGCAGCGAACCUCCUAUACAUCAAGACAGAGAAUAAAUGCUGAGCAGUUUUCUACCAUGGGCCUGGAUUCUUCCUUUGACAUUCCAAGUUUUGGACCGGAUGUCUUUGAAGCCCGGUACUACCAUCAUCUACGUAACCGUACCCCUGAAGAGCUAGCUGAGAUUCUAAUGUUUCAAAAUGGUCUUUUAACGAGUAGAAGAUCAAGCGGUCUUGAUAGAUACCGAGACUGGAGACUGGAUGUCGACAACAUGACUUACGAAGAAUUGCUUGAACUUGGGGAUAGAAUCGGGCAUGUGAAUACUGGAUUGGAGGAAGAUCAGAUUGGCCGAUGCCUUAGAAAAGGUAAGCUGUGUGUCAUGAAUGAAGUAUCCUCAGAAUCCCCGAAUUCAGCUGAGAUAGACGGAAAAUGCAGCAUUUGUCAGGAAGAGUAUGAAGAAGAGGAGGAGGUCGGGAAACUGGAAUGUGGACAUGCUUAUCACUUGCAUUGCAUAAAGCAAUGGCUUGCGCAGAAAAAUGCUUGCCCUGUCUGUAAAGCCGAGGCGUCUGCUCUAUUGGAUUGAAGUCGUCCGUGUCGUGUCUUAUGAUCGUUGAUGCUUUCCCAUCUGUAUAGAUUUAUGUUCUACCGCGAUUUCAUAGGAAUACUACAUUAACUUUGUUCAUUGUUGUGGCUAUGCCUGUGCCUGUGUCCGUGCCUGUGCCUGUGAACCUUGAAGUGACUUGGUUUUUUGGCUCUUGAAAAGAUUAAGGAUAAUUUUUA